AUGGAUUGGUGCCCCAACUUCACCUGCUUCUCUGUUACCACUUCGGCAGAGUCCAACUGGACAGGCUCUGCCUCUCUUGUGGACCAUUCAGGCAUCAGUGGGUCCUUGUCUAUCUUUAGCGUCCUUGUCUUGACUUUGUUGGCUAUGUUGGUGGUUGCCACCUUCCUUUGGAAUGUACUGGUCCUGGCAACCAUCUUGCGUGUCCGCACCUUCCACAGGGUCCCCCACAACCUAGUGGCCUCCAUGGCCAUCUCAGAUGUGAUGGUAGCUGCCCUGGUGAUGCCUCUCAGUCUGGUCCACGAGUUGUCUGGGCGGCGCUGGCGGCUGGGGCGGCUGCUCUGCCAGGUGUGGAUCUCCUGCGACGUGUUGUGCUGCACGGCCAGUAUCUGGAAUGUCACCGCCAUUGCUCUGGACCGCUACUGGUCCAUCACCCGGCACCUGGAGUAUACACUGAGGACCCGUCGGCGCAUCUCCAACAUUAUGAUUGCCCUGACUUGGGUUCUCUCAGCCAUCAUCUCCCUGGCUCCAGUGAUCUUUGGCUGGGGAGAGACCUACUCAGAGGGCAAGGAGGAAUGCCAAGUUAGCCAGGAGCCUUCUUACACCAUCUUCUCUACCUUUGGGGCUUUUUACCUCCCUCUCUGUGUGGUGCUUUUUGUCUACUGGAAAAUCUACAAGGCAGCCAAGUUCCGCAUUGGAUCCCGGAAGAGCAACUCCAUCACUCCAGUAACACCUAAAGCCCUGGAGGUGAAGGAAGCCUCCCAGCAGCCACAGAUGGUGUUCACGGUCCGCCACGCCACUGUAACCUUCCAGACGGAUGGCGACACAUGGAGGGAACAGAAAGAGAAGAGAGCUGCCCUAAUGGUGGGCAUCCUCAUUGGAGUCUUUGUGCUGUGCUGGAUUCCCUUUUUUAUCACUGAACUUAUCAACCCUCUCUGCUCCUGUGACAUACCACCCAUCUGGAAAAGCAUUUUCCUUUGGCUCGGCUACUCCAAUUCCUUUUUCAACCCUCUGAUCUAUACGUCCUUCAACAAGAACUACAACAAUGCCUUCCGGAACCUGUUCUCCAAGCAGCAGUGA